AAAAAAUAAUGAGCCGAUUCCAUCUGAUUGUGAGCAUCGGCAACAUUUUUCGGUGACAGCCGGCAGUGUAUUGAUGCAUAGAUUCUAUUGGCAUUCUACGCACUGCGCACCAUUCAAUCGACAGAGUGCUUAUGGAAUAAUUUGUAUUUUAUGUGCUGAAUUCAUGUUGUCCAUAAGUCACACAAGCGCUAGCCGUAAAGCAUGCCUUCCGGUGCUUUACAUUACGGUUUAACCGACAUUUUCCUGCGUUCCUAUAAUCAGCGAAAAUGGCGUCGAACUAUCCAUGCAGCGGAUGCAGCCAACCCAUUUUCCGCGAUCAGGAACAUUUGGGAAUUCCGGAAGUAAACCGGUUUUACCAUCCGCAAUGCCUGCACUGUACCGGCUGCCACGACCGUCUGAACGGUCCGUUUAGUCUGUGGGAAAAUCAGCAUCCAUUGUGCGAUCGCUGUCUGGCCGAGCGUUCACCGCGUUGCGAAGCCUGUCAGUAUCCCGUGGCCGAUGUCAAAGUCAAGACCAAAUUUGGUUAUCUUCACCCAGACUGCUUUACAUGCACGAACUGCAAGUUUCCGUUUGUUCAAGAUCAGGAACGCAGCUAUUUUACUGUGGAUGGUCGUCCUUACUGUCACCAGUGCGCGAUUGAGGAAACGCGCCGCCCUGCACAGGGCGUCGGUGCAACGGAGACCAUGGUGCGCGAAGGCUGAAUUAAAUGGGCUUUUACGCUAAAUGUGGCGUAAUUACAUAUAUCCGUCGCGUUACAUCAACGUCGUUUCAUUUGGCUUAAUGACGGAAGGAAUUUUAAUUAGUAUAAUUACCACUGUAACUCGAAGUAACGCAUUUUCUGAAGCAGCUACGAAUUUCACGUCAUUUGUAUACAUACUGAAAUGCUUUGAGAUCACAAAAAUUAAUGAUAAGCAGAUAUUUGGUUGCAUACGAGUGCAUUUAUGAUUUUCAUGCAUGGUGCUUUAAUUUUUGGCUCGCGGUGUUAUAUAUAUGCGAUGUUGCGUCCGGUUUGGGCUUUCGAAUUGCACUUUAAUUUGAUGCGGCUAUAUUCCAUAAAGCACAGAUUUAAAGGAGAUUAAGUACUUGUACGGGAUUGAUUGGUCAGCAAAGAAAGUACCGGCUUUUCUGUUGGAUUUGUACGAUGCCUUAAAUACCGCUGAUAUUA